AUGUCCAAAUCGCCCAUAACAUGCCACGUGCUCGACUCGACGUUAGGCAAACCGGCGUCCAACGUGCGUGUUCAGCUCGAAGCGCUGUCACCGCUCAAUUCGCAGUUCCACAUCCUCGCCACGGGCAGCACCAACGCCGACGGGCGGUGUCCCGACCUCCUGGCCGGUCACACCUCGCAAGAUGUACUGGCACCAAAGGGCAUCUUCAAGAUGACCUUCUUCACCGGCGAGUACUUUGACAAAGCGGGCAGGAACACGUUCUAUCCGCAGGUAGAGAUUCUGUUUCAGCUCUCAGAUAGCCCAGAUCCGCAUUACCACAUCCCUCUGCUCCUCUCGCCCUUCUCGUACACCACCUACCGCGGGUCUUAA